AUGGUAGCCAAGCUUUUGUUGUUUUGUACGUUCGUGACACUUAUGGAGCAUUUUCCAAUUUUCCACAACAAUCAAUUUGAACUUGUAUAUAUACAGGUCGGAACGAUGAUUAGAAAAGGAGCGGUUGGCCUAACAAAACUUCCGAUGGUGACUUCAACUACUGACAGGAAAGUGAGGACGUUUGAAGAAUGUGAAGACAGGACAGAUGAGGCAUUGUCAACCUUCACGGCGCUAAAAAAAUGCACUUAUGCGUCAAAAGACUUAGGAAGCUCAAAGUCCCAUGAUUAUAUCGAGUGUGACUGCUAUGAAGACCGCCAAGAUGGAGUGAAUGGAGCUUGUGGGGAGGAUUCGGACUGUAUAAACAGGCUCACGUUGAUUGAGUGUGUAAAUGACCUUUGCGGAUCCUGUGGUUUUGAUUGCCAAAAUCAACGAUUUCAACAGUGCCAAUAUGCGGACAUUGCCGUCUUCCAGACUCAAAAAAAGGGCUACGGUGUGAGAGCUGAACGUGAUAUUGCGGCACAUGAGUUUAUCUACGAGUAUAUUGGCGAGGUUAUACCGGAAGAGGAGUUUCGCGACCGAAUGAUAGACUACGAUCGUAGGAGUCUCAAGCACUUCUAUUUUAUGAUGUUACAAAGUGGGGAAUUUGUUGAUGCUACGGUGAAGGGCUCUCUUGCCCGGUUUUGCAAUCACUCUUGUAACCCUAACGCGUAUGUUAACAAAUGGGAUGUAGCGGGCAAACUAAGGAUGGGUAUAUUUGCGAAUCGCAAAAUACUGCGAGGUGAGGAAAUCACCUUUGAUUACAAUGUUGAUAGGUACGGUGCUGCAGCUCAGCCUUGUUAUUGUGAGGAGCCUAACUGUAUCGGGUUCUUGGGAGGCAAGACUCAAACGGAUGCAGCAUCAUUACUACCUCAAAAUUAUGCUGACGCGUUGGGCGUCGUACCUGCCGUUGAAAAGAAAUGGAUCAAGUUGAUGAAGGCCAAUGGGCAAAAGAUUGUGAAGAGCGAGGUUAAUAAUGUAAAUGUUGAGUUUGUCAAAUCCCUGAAUCUAAGUCCAUGUGAGAGUUUUGAUGAUGUCUCAAAAGUGAUGAGUGUCUUGCUGCAGGCAGACGACAUUUUAAUAAUUCGCAGAUUAAUGGAGAGAAUUUUGCUAACAGAUGACCAGAACCUUCAUUAUCAAAUUAUCAAACUUCACGGAUAUAGAUGCUUCAACAAGCUGCUAACGACGUUUGAGAACGACACCGAAUUCCAGGAAAAUAUCAUAAAGUACCUUGUGCGUUUGCCAAAAACGACAAAGAACGGCAUUUUGUCAUCUCAAAUAGAUAAGAAAGUGGAAGAGCUCGCAUCCAAAUCAAUGCUUGAGGGAAUAGCUCAAGAAUUACUCGAAAAGUGGGAUAGUUUUGAAACUUACAAGCGAAUCACAAAGAAAGAUGUAUCCGAAAAUAUUUCCAAGACAAAGACAGAUCUACGAAGAAUCAGGCUCCCGCCAGGAUGGGAACUUAUUCAUGAAAAUGGGAAGCCUGUAUAUUAUAACGCACAGCAGCAAACUAAGCUGCAUCAACCUCCGGUUGGCGUGAGCAAAACCUUCAGUGGUGGAAAUGCUCAUAGCCGUAGUCAGACGCCUGUUGACCCAAAUUCGAACGGCUAUCUGAACAAGAAAAAGCGGAUUAUGGAUACUGAAGAGUACGAAAGAAAGAAACAGCAAAGGAUAGAAUAUCAACAAAAGGAGAUAGAAAAGCUCAAGGAGGAAGAGAAACGGCAGUUAAAGCUGAAAAUGGAGCUUGAGCAUCAAAAGAAAAGCGAGCUAGAGAAAAUUAUUGCAGAGGCUAAUGAACAGAAAGAGCAGGAAAAAAGAGACUUUUUGAAGAAGCAGGAAGAGGACCAACAAAGGAGGCAAAAGAAAGUGCUGAAGUCCAAAGACGACUACAUCAUGCACAAGUGGAACAAGGUUUUUGCUUCGGUGGUGCCAAAUAUUGUAAAGCACUACGAAAGAAAUCUCGGCAAAGAGCAUAUUAAGGAGUGUUCUCGGGACAUUACCAACAUUUUAUCCAAAAAAGAAGUAAAAAAGGAUGCAAAGAGAACUCCACCCUCUGAGCUCAGCAAGGAAAAACGGGCAAAAGUGCGGGAGUUUAUAAAAUCAUACAUGGAAAAGUUCUCACAAAGGCACUCAAAACGAGAAAAAUCCACAGAAGGUUCAGCCUAG